CUAGUGAGACAGCAUAGAUUGCCGACAAAGCUCCCCCACCUCCCAUCGAUCAAGAUUCCUCGUUCCUUCACCCGUCCUUAUCAAGGCUCGAUCGCUUUUGAGAGUUUGCUGCUCUCUGUUCAUUGCAGCUUCUUCCCAUCGCUAGAUUCCUCGCCUUUCUCACCACACACUCAGUCAGCAGCGAUCAUGGUUGCGUGGGUGGAUUUCGGUCAACCCAGCUUUUGGCUCGCGGCGGGGUCGAUUGUGUUUAACCCGACGUUCUGGAAUAUUGCGGCUCGUCAAGAAUACCACAACAAGGCCAUCACGAAGCUCUUCGGCGGCAACUCGCGCCUAGGCUGCUACGCCCUGGCCGUCACCAUCUUCUCCCUCGGCAUCAUCAGGGACUACAUCUACCACACCGCCCUCUCCCACCAACCCACCCACCCGCUCCUCACCUCCUCUCCCCCCAUCCACCUCUCCGCCAUCCCCCUCUUUUUAACAGGCAACCUCCUCGUCCUGACGUCCAUGUACGCCCUCGGCAUCACAGGCACCUACCUAGGCGACUACUUCGGCAUCCUCAUGGACGAACCCGUCACCUCGUUCCCCUUCAACGUCACGAGCGCGCCCAUGUACCACGGUAGCACGCUGAGUUUCCUCGCCGCGGCCAUCUGGGCGGGCAAACCUGCGGGGUUGUUGCUCACGGCCUUGGUCGCCCUGGCGUACAAGGUCGCGAGAAGGUAUGAGGAUCCCUUCACGGCUAUGAUAUAUGCGAAGCGGGACAGGGAGGGAAGGAGGGAAGGGAAGAAGGGAUUGUAGGGAAAGAAAAGGUAAGAGGUCGGGAAAGUGAGCUUGGCUCAUAGAUACGCCGCUCAAGUCGGCGUGGAUGCUGAGCAUUGACUCCAU